UUAGACCAAAGACUAACAUGUCAGAGUUGUGUGAGAGAUUUCUGGCACUUACACAAAGACGGCAGCCUUUCUGACUACAGUUAACUCAACGUUACAUGCCGAAUUUAUUGUUCUAUCAUCGUUUGUGAUCAACCGAAGGGCAACAUUACGAGUUCAGGAUGUAUACGGCAGGACUCAAUCCGUUUUACGCAUCAAAUUUUAGUCUUUGGUCUGCCUAUUGUGCGGGUGGUUUCGCUGUGGAUACAAUGAAGAAGCCCUCAUUUUGCAUUGCUGACAUUUUGCAGGUUGGGGAUGCCGAGAACAUCCCGGGAUCCUCGGCACUCAUGGCUCAUAUGGGACACCGUUCUCAGGUCCACACCUCUGGAUCUCCGUUGCGUCCUUCCCCGGUGGGGCCAGAACAGUCGGUCUACGGUGGGAGACUGAACCCCGGGUCUCCAUAUCACAGGCACGGAAUACACUUAACGUCUGUAUCUAGAACGAGUUUCAAUUCCCAACAAGCUCCUCCACCAUCAAGCAAGGACCUCAAGUUCGGAAUCGAUCGGAUAUUGUCAACAGACUUCGACUCAAAAACAAAAGACAUAUUGUCUUUAAGAGAUCUCACGUCCAUUGUUAGCUCGAAUCGUCAGUCAGGGUUCCACAUGCCCGUGCAGCCCUCGGCGAACCAGUACUUCGCAUCCAUAGACCCAGCGAUGAGCGACACGUCCUCCACGAUGAGCUCACUAAACGGCGCCAGGCAAUCAGGGCAGCAUCAGUUUCAGGACACCUUCCCAGGUCCGUAUGCUGUCCUCACAAAAGACACGAUACCACAGACAUACAAAAGGAAGAGGUCCUGGUCGCGAGCGGUUUUCUCCAACCUGCAAAGAAAAGGACUUGAGAAACGAUUCGAAAUACAGAAAUACGUCACCAAACCCGACAGAAAACAACUGGCAGCAAUGCUUGGCCUAACAGAUGCACAGGUCAAAGUGUGGUUCCAGAACAGGCGCAUGAAGUGGAGGCAUUCGAAAGAAGCCCAGGCACAGAAGGACAAGGAGAAGGAGACACUGGGCAAGUCACUGACAGAGGCCGAGCCCAAAGAGCCGGAAGUGUCCGAGUGUGAGAGUGAAGCGAGCUGCGAGUCCGAAUUCGAGGAAGGACAGGAGGACAAGAGUGACGUGGACAUUUCUGAGCAUAACAAGACGAGUGUGAUCAUGACCGGGGCCACCCCUGUGAGUACGGAAGAGGCAACUUCAGUCGGUGCCCUCACAGAAACUGUGGCAUCAUCACACAUGUAAAUAUGAGUGCAAAGUCAAACGUAUUUUUUUUUAAAUGUAACAUUAAUAAUUUAAUAUAAAUAUUAUUUUGAUAAAUUGAUACACAGAGUGAAGUUUGUCUUAAAAUGGAGGGCCAGUAGGAUGCCCUACUGCAGAGGCUAUGGGUUAUUAUUAUUUUUACUUUCGACUCCUUCCAUAUUUCAUCUCUGUCAGUCAGUAUUAGGCGAUGUGCAUGACUUUUUCCUCAAAUUAAGGAAAUAUUCUGUUGUGAAUUUUAAUCUGAAACAGGUGUUCGGCGUUCUGAAAUCCCAGAAAAUGACACAAUGUUUAAUGUAAUUUACUCUGGAAGCGUUAAUAAAUAUUGUUGUAUUUUAUAUUUUUCAAUAAUUAUUUGCACUGAAAAUAUUGUAAAUAAAAAUAAAAAUGUAUUUCUUUUGA